CCCUCGUCUCUCUCAUCAGUCAUCUCCAUCUCUUAUUACUGUAAGAACCCUCAUUCCUAUUUCUGGGAUUUUCUCUCAAUAGGUCGGGUAUUUUUUUCUCUGCAACAACAAGUUGAAGUAGCAAUGGCUACUGCAGGGAAGGUGGUGGGAGAGUUCUUGCAGGGUUCACAGAGACAAAGCCUGUUUCUGCAAAAAAAUUGUUAUAAGCAGCAGCAGCAGAGAUGUAGGCUACUUUGGGGUUCUCUACAAAGACAAAGCCUUUCACUAAGAAUGCCUAAUGGGGGACGUGGUCUUGCAUCGAUAUCAAGGACCAUGUGUUCUGUGAAACCUAAAACAGCUGCAGUUUUAGGAGAUGUGAGUAGUGGUGAAGAUUCUGUUAAGGUUGAAAGUGAUAAUGAGAAAGUUCUACAUUUUUUCCGGAUUCCGUUGAUUCAAGAAAGCGCAGACGCAGAACUCCUUAAGAAAGUUCAGACAAAGGUUUCAAGGGAGAUUGUAUAUUUGAAGACCGAGCAAUGUUUCAAUAUCGGGAUCAAUUCGGACCUCUCCAGUGAAAAGCUUGAAGUGCUUAAAUGGCUUCUGGGAGAGACGUAUGAGCCUGAUAAUUUGGGGAGUGACAGUUUUCUUGAGAAUGAGAAUCAGGGAGGUGUUUCUUCUGUUGUUAUUGAGGUUGGACCUCGUCUUUCUUUUACAACAGCAUGGAGUGCUAAUGCUGUAUCUAUUUGUAAAGCAUGUGGGUUGACAGAGAUUACCCGCUUGGAGAGGUCAAGACGGUAUAUACUGAUUCUUGGUUCAGGAAGUAAGGGGUUAGAGGAACACCAAGUUAAUGAGUUUGCUGCAAUGGUUCAUGAUCGAAUGACUGAGUGUGUUUACCCUCAGAAGUUGUUGUCAUUCAAGACAAGUGCAGUUCCCGCGGAAGUUGAAUACAUUGAUGUCAUGGGGAGAGGGCGGAAAGCAUUGGAGGAGAUCAAUGAGAAAAUGGGUUUAGCAUUUGAUGAGCAAGAUUUACAGUACUACACUAGGCUUUUCAGAGAAGACAUAGGACGGAAUCCAACAACUGUUGAACUAUUUGAUAUAGCGCAGUCUAAUAGUGAGCAUAGCAGGCAUUGGUUUUUCAAUGGAAAGCUUGUUAUAGAUGGGAAGCCUAUGAAUAGCACACUCUUUCAGAUUGUGAAGAGCACUUUAAAGGCGAACCCCAACAACUCUGUAAUCGGAUUCAAGGACAACUCCAGCGCAAUUAGGGGUUUCUUGGUGAACCAGUUGCGCCCUUCUCAACCUGGUCUGACAUCUCCUUUGACUCCAACUGCCCGCGACCUUGAUAUCUUGUUUACUGCAGAGACACACAACUUUCCAUGUGCUGUAGCACCUUUCCCUGGGGCUGAGACAGGGGCAGGAGGUAGAAUUAGGGAUACCCAUGCAACAGGAAGGGGUUCAUAUGUUGUGGCUUCCACUGCUGGUUACUGUGUCGGUAACCUUCAGAUUGAUGGUUCAUGUUCUCCAUGGGAGAAUCCAGCAUUCACGUACCCAGCAAACUUGGCGUCUCCGCUGCAGAUUCUCAUCGAAGCAAGCAAUGGUGCAUCAGAUUACGGCAACAAAUUCGGCGAGCCUUUGAUUCAAGGAUACACGAGAACUUUUGGUAUGAGACUUCCAAACGGAGAAAGGAGGGAAUGGUUGAAGCCAAUCAUGUUUAGUGCUGGUAUUGGGCAGAUUGAUCACAACCACAUAACCAAAGGAGAACCCGAGAUUGGAAUGCUUGUUGUAAAGAUUGGGGGCCCAGCUUAUCGGAUUGGAAUGGGUGGUGGUGCGGCUUCUAGCAUGGUAAGUGGGCAAAAUGAUGCAAACCUGGAUUUUAAUGCUGUACAGCGCGGGGAUGCUGAAAUGGCACAGAAAUUGUAUCGUGUUGUUCGGGCCUGUAUCGAGAUGGGGGAAGGUAACCCAAUCAUAAGUAUACAUGACCAAGGAGCUGGGGGAAACUGCAAUGUUGUUAAGGAAAUUAUUUAUCCAAAGGGUGCUAAAAUUGAUAUCCGGGCAAUAGUAGUUGGUGAUCAUACAAUGUCAGUGUUAGAGAUAUGGGGUGCCGAGUAUCAAGAACAAGAUGCAAUACUGGUGAAGCCUGAAAGCCGCGAUCUGCUACAAUCAAUUUGUGAGAGGGAAAGAGUAUCUAUGGCUGUUCUUGGAUCCAUUAGUGGUGAAGGACGAGUAACUUUAGUAGACAGCUUGGCUAGAGAGAAUUGCCGAUCCCGUGGGCUUCCUCCUCCCCCUCCUGCAGUGGAUCUCGAGUUAGAGAAGGUGCUCGGGGACAUGCCUCAAAAAUGCUUUGAGUUCCCUAGGAUUGUUCCUGCAGCAGAGCCACUUAAGAUUCCGCCAGGGACGACCCUGAUGGAUUCCCUGGAGAGGGUAUUGCGGAUACCUUCUGUAUGUUCGAAGCGUUUCUUGACCACAAAGGUUGAUCGGUGUGUAACAGGUCUUGUAGCACAGCAGCAAACAGUGGGGCCUCUGCAGCUUACUCUCGCUGAUGUUGCAGUCAUCGCUCAGUCCUAUACUGAGCAUACUGGUGGUGCAUGUGCUAUUGGGGAGCAACCAAUUAAGGGUUUGCUAAAUCCAACUGCUAUGGCUAGGUUAGCAGUUGGGGAAGCACUUACAAACCUUGUUUGGGCCAAGAUUACUUCUCUUUCUGAUGUAAAGGCCAGUGGAAAUUGGAUGUAUGCGGCCAAGCUUGACGGGGAAGGAGCAGCAAUGUACGAUGCUGCUAAUGCACUAUCAGAAGCAAUGAUUGAGCUUGGUAUAGCAAUAGACGGGGGUAAGGACAGUCUGUCCAUGGCUGCGCAUGCUUCUGGCGAGGUCGUGAAGGCUCCUGGAAAUCUUGUCAUCAGUGUAUACGCCACUUGCCCAGAUAUAACAUUGACAGUAACCCCAGAUUUGAAACUUGGAGAUGAUGGUGUCUUGCUACACAUUGAUUUAGGAAAAGGGGAACGACGGUUAGGUGGGUCUGCUUUUGCGCAGGUAUUCGACCAGGUUGGAGAUGGCUGCCCUGAUGUUGAUGAUGUCUCUUACCUUAAAAGAGUCUUUGAGACUGUACAGGAGCUGCUUACAGACAGGUUGAUAUCUUCUGGUCAUGACAUUAGUGAUGGUGGUCUGAUUGUGUGCAUUCUGGAGAUGGCAUUCGCUGGAAAUUGUGGAUUGCGUAUGGACUUGAUCUCACGGGGAAAGAGCCUCUUCGAAACCCUCUUUGCGGAAGAGCUUGGUCUUGUCCUUGAGGUUAGCAAGGAAAACUUGGAUACAGUUAGGAGCAGGCUUCAAGGAGCCCAGAUUUCUGCUGAAAUUCUUGGGCAAGUAACUUCAUCACCCACGAUACAUUUGUCGGUUGAUGGGGUACCUCAAUUAGAGCAAGAAACAUCUCAUCUAAGAGAUAUGUGGGAGGAAACUAGUUUUCAGCUUGAGGGAUUCCAAAGGCUGGCAUCAUGUGUACAGUCGGAAAAAAAUGGAUUAAAAAGCAGGCACGAGCCUUCUUGGGCUUUAUCUUUCACUCCAAAAUUUACAGAAAAGAAUUUGUUGGCACUGGCUUGUAAACCAAAGGUAGCUGUCAUCAGAGAGGAAGGGAGCAAUGGGGAUAGAGAAAUGUCUGCAGCAUUGUAUGCUUCUGGCUUUGAACCUUGGGAUAUCGCUAUGUCAGACCUUCUAAGUGGAGCCAUCUCUCUUGAUGGGUUCCGAGGAAUUGUGUUUGUAGGAGGUUUUAGUUAUGCAGAUGUGUUGGACUCAGCAAAAGGUUGGUCAGCCUCCAUACGGUUCAAUCAGCCUCUCCUGACCCAAUUUCAAGAGUUCUACGAUAGGCCCGACACCUUCAGCCUGGGAGUGUGCAAUGGAUGCCAACUCAUGGCACUGUUGGGAUGGAUUCCAGGAGCCGAAGUUGGUGGAGUCCUUGGUGUGGGCGGGGACCCAUCACAGCCUAGAUUCAUUCACAAUGAGUCAGGGCGAUUUGAAUGUCGUUUCACAAAUGUUACAAUCGGGGAUUCUCCUUCAAUAAUGUUCAAAGGGAUGGAGGGUAGUACGUUGGGUGUGUGGGCUGCGCAUGGUGAGGGGAGAGCUUAUUUCCCUGACACUGAAAUUCAAGAUCACAUCCUUAACUCCAAUUUGGCACCACUAAGAUAUUGUGAUGAUAGUGGAGGGAUAACAGAGGUGUACCCUUUCAAUCCAAAUGGGUCUCCACUAGGAGUAGCAGCAAUAUGCUCUAAAGAUGGAAGACACUUGGCCAUGAUGCCUCAUCCUGAGCGUUGUUUCCUAAUGUGGCAAUUUCCAUGGUAUCCAAAGCACUGGAAUGUAGACAAGAAAGACCCCAGCCCAUGGCUGCGAAUGUUUCAAAAUGCAAGGGAGUGGUGCUCGUAGGGCAGGAACGUAAUUAAUGGAAGCAACUCAGGCGAGAGUGACAGGAAGGGAUUGCUUUGGUUCCCUGACCGUAUGGUUACCUGGCAGAAUAGCUUUCGAGCCAUGGACCUAUGAGUGCAGGAAGCUCCUUUAUUUUCUUCUUCCUUUUUCCUUGAUGUUUUCACGUUCUAUGACCUUGAGUUCAUGCGACAUUUCAGUGGGGGGAAAAUCACUAUAUUUGACCUGCUAUUUUUACUAAAAUGCUUAUUAUGAUUAUUGUUGCAUAUAUCUCAGUUGGCACAACACAUUCUAUUUUGGUACCUUCUUUUGUUUUUCGAUGUUUAUUGUGUGGAUGCAUCAAGGCUCUCCUUGAGUUGUAUGGAAAUCAAAUUGGAGAGCGGUGUCAUAUCGUCUCUUACCAUGAGUAUUUUAAAUAUGAAUUGCGUUACCUGAAAUUUUUUGCUAA